GUCCUGGGGAGAGGGCGGGGCGCGGCGGCCGAAGCCCGGAAGCGGACAGAGGCGACGGGGGUCCCUGCCGUCUGUCCGCCAUGGACGAGGCUGACCGGCUGCUCCUGCGGCGGUACCGGUUGCCGCUGGUCGGUGAGCUGCAGGUUGCCUCGCUUUGGGACGCCCUGCUGAGCCGCGAGCUCUUCACUCCCGACAUGAUCGAGGACAUUCAGAGGGCAGGCUCAGGAUCUCGGCGCGAUCAGGCCAGGCAGCUGAUCCUAGAUCUAGAGACUCGAGGGAGUCAGGCCCUUCCUUUGUUCAUCUCCUGCUUGGAGGACACAGGCCAGGACACUCUGGCUUCAUUAUUGAAGACCAGCAGACAAGCAGCAAAACAGGAUGUGGAGGCCAUCAGACCCCUGGAUCUUAAGCCGGUGGUGCUCGGACCAGAGGGCCUCAAACCAGAGGAGCUGAGAGUGAUGAAGCAGGACCCAUCAAAGCCGAGCCAAGGAAAACUCGCUCCAGUGGUGCUGGGGCCAGAGGAACUCUGGCCAGCCAAGCUCAGGCCUGAGGUUCUCAGACCAGAGGUACCCAGGCCAGGGAACAUUGGUUCUGGAGGAUUCACUGAUGUCUGUCCUCAGGACAGAGCCAAGGGAAAUGCUGAUCUGGCCUAUGUCCUGAACGCAGACCCCUGCGGCCACUGCCUGAUCAUCAACAACGUGAACUUCUGCCGCGAGUCGGGGCUCAUGACCCGCACGGGCUCCAACAUCGACUGUGAGAGGAUGCAGCGACGCUUCCACCUGCUGCAGUUUGCGGUGGAGGUGAAAUGUGACCUGACUGCCAAGCAAAUGGUCCAGGCUUUGAUGCAGCUGGCGCGGCGGGACCACGGCGCUCUGGACUGCUGCGUGGUGGUCAUCCUCUCUCACGGCUGUCAGGCCAGCCACCGCCAGUUCCCAGGGGCUGUUUAUGGCACAGACGGAUGUCCCGUGUCCGUUGAGAGAAUUGUGAACACUUUCAAUGGUACUGGCUGCCCCAGCUUGGGAGGGAAGCCCAAGCUCUUCUUCAUCCAGGCCUGUGGUGGAGAGCAGAAAGACCAUGGGUUUGAGGUGGCCUCCACUUCCCCUGAAGAUGAGACCCCCAAUAGCAACCCUGAGACGGAUGCUACCCCAUUCCAGGAAGGCCCACGUUCCACUGACGAGCCAGAUGCCGUGUCUAGUCUGCCCACGCCCAGCGACAUCUUGGUGUCCUACUCCACCUUCCCAGGCUUUGUCUCCUGGAGGGAUCCCAAGAGCGGCUCCUGGUACAUCGAGACCCUGGACAGCAUUUUUGAGCAGUGGGCUCACUGUGAGGACCUUCAGACCCUCCUCCUCAGGGUCGCUAAUGCUGUUUCAGUGAAAGGAAUUUACAAACAGAUCCCUGGCUGCUUUAAUUUCCUCCGGAAAAAACUUUUCUUUAAAACAUAAUGAGAUCAGGACCCCUCACCCUACCUUACUGUUCACCCUGAAACCUUCCUGCUCCAGCUCUGGCUGUGGCUAAGGCCUGGACUUUCCUACCACUGUGGCUGACAUCCAUUGGAGGUUUCUGUAGCCUGUAGAGGGUCUGCUCUCUCCCCAUGGGCAGCAGGCAGUCCUAGUAGCUUCCAAGUUGGAGCCAAAUGACCCGCGAUGGAGGAGGAGGAGCAGAAUGCCAUGGACACUAUGGGGCUUUUUGCCCGUGACCCAUUCAUGGCUAGCGGCUGUGGCCUGUGACCCCUGUGUUUUCUCUACAUCAGGGCUUCUCAGCUUCGGCACAGCUGACACUGGGGCCAGAGAAUCCUUUGUUGUGAGGCCAUCCUGUGCACUGUGGAAUGUUGAGCAGCCUGGCUCCACCCACCUCUCUUGAGUCUUGACAACCAAACGUGUCUUCAGCUAUUGCCAAAUCGUCCUCAUGCACCCCUACUGGGGAACCACUGAUCUAUAGGAAAUUUUGGCUGCAAACAAACCAGCAUCUCUCUUAGAUCAGUUUAAGGCUACCAGAAUCUGAAGAGCUAGAAUCUGUAAAUCCUAAAUGAAGUUUUAAAAAUUAUCAAGUUUUUCUCUAUUGCAGUGUUUCUUUAAAAAAAAGAAAAGUUGAAUAUGGACUCUCUUUCACCCAUUUCCCCCUUAUUUUGCUUUAACUUUUUAUUGUUUCUCAUAUAAAGGAGACUGUGGCUUUUUGGGAAAUAUUUCCCCAGCUCUUACUUCUUUUGAACCCCCUACCCCAUCCCAAGAAGUGACUGGGGUGGGAGCCGUGUGUUGAGGGAGGUUAAGUCACUUGUCCAUGGAACACAAUUAACCAGUGGAGAGACAUGGCCAGACUUGGGCCUUCUUGAGUCCAGCCUGUGUCUUCCUGGCUUCAGGAUCCUCGUCCUCCUCGUCCCCCACCCACUUGCUGAGCCUGUAGGCUCAGCUUAAAGACCCGAGCCUGUUUCUUGCUUUCAGGGCCCUAGACAUGAGUACGGUUUGCUAAUAAGACUCUCACCAAGAUGUGAUUCAAGUAGUUGUCACUUUAUUGUUAUUUUUCUCCUGUGACCUUUCCAAGUCUGAAACAGUCCCGGGGACUUCUGGUGGUUAGUUAUUUUCAAUCACCUGCAGGACACACAAGAAAAUAAUCAGAUUAACUCAGCAGAGCAGAGCCUUGUGUGCAGAUUCCCAGCUUUCUCCCUCCUGACUCUGCGCUGCCUGUGUGAAUCAGGCAGCCGGAGUUGAAGCAGCUUUCCCCAGGAGCUCUAAUGAUGCUUGGGAGAAAAGAUGUCAUCACAGCUUUAAAUGGAUUUCCUGUAAAAAAGGAGCCUUAGCCAAGCAGUUCAGUUUGGGCUUCAGGGUGGAGGUGGAGUGGGGCUGGGAACUUAUGGGCAUGUCUGUAUAUGUGAUUUGUUUCUCAAAAGAUUUGAGAGACCCGAAAUUGUUAACAGUUGCUGCUGUUUGCCAGGCAAUGUUGUGCACUAUGGAAGGGGCUGUAACCCGUUUUCAGAAGCUAUUUGGCAUCUAUUAAACAUUCUAAUGUGCCAACUCCAUGAUCCUUUGAUGCUGCAGGAUCUGUGUAACGUAGAGACUCUGACCAGUGCAAGGAUAUAUGUCCAAGAAUGUUCAUUGCAGCCAUGUGAGAGGGGAAAAUAGGAAAAGAGAUGAAAUCUUCAUUCAUUAUAUUCAUACUAUGGAAUCUUACUUAGAAUGAAUAGAUAUAUAUGGGCUCACAUGUAUAGUGUGAUAUGGUGUUAAGUGAAAAAACCAAGUUGCAGAACAGUAUGAGAAGUAAAAUCCUAUUUUUGGUUAGAAGACAGUGUGUUUAUAUGUACAUAUAUAAAUGUUUUAUAGAUGAACCUAAAUCAAGACCACACACCAAGUGUUGGUUAUAAUUAUCUCUGGAUGGUGGGAUUGCAGGUGUCAUGCAAGUGAGGGGUGUCUACUUCUUGAUUUGAUACACUCCUAUAUUCUUUUCAUAUUUUUUACCGAGAGUAUGUAUUAUAAAGCUGGUGAAUACCAGUGAUUCAUUUAAUAUCUGUUGAAAGGAUGAACGCCCCCGGCCACCUGUCUCCUGUCAACUUUGCAGCUGCUGACCUUGGUUUGUCACCUGUCUGGAUUUAGAACUCCAGGCUGCACACAGUGUGCCCCCGGGCUGGGACCACUGCAAGGUUCUACUGGCCCCUCUGCAGUUGCUGGGGUGGCCUCCCCAAGAGGACAGCUGGCAGCUUGGCUCUGCUGCUCCUGGAACCUGUCACGGGCACAUGUGCCUACCCUGACUGCUGUCCCGGGAACACAGGACCCCUGCCCAGCUGCCUUGCAAGCCUUGUUUUCCCUGUUGAUUCCCUCUGACAUCAGGCUUUCAGCUGAGGCCAGCUCUGUUCGCGUGUGUCUGUGGCUGGGAACAGCUGAUAUUGGGACCAGAAGACAGGACAGUUGCUCCCAGUCCCUGCUUGGGGCCCCCAAGGUGCUGCCAGGGCCAGCUGCCUGGUGACUCACACAGCAGCUGGGGCUGGAGAGCAUCCUUGGAUUUGGCUGCAAAACACUCUACUUAUCCUCCCAUCUAAUCCGUCCUGGGCCAGGCUCCUUUGAAAUGCUGGUGGUACCUCCAAAGUCGGACUCGGGUUUUCCUCUGCCAGGAUGAGAUCAUAGCUUUUCCCCAGUUGACUGAAAAAAAAUCUUGUAAAUUAAUGGCCACUCUAUUCUUGAUUUUACAUUUUCUCUAACAAACUUUUCUGGAACCUCUGGUGCCUAUAACCACUUGUUGGCAAAAGAAAUGCCAACAGACAGACAAAUGAGCAAGGAGCCGGCAAGUAUUAAUGGGAAAACUCGGAGACAGCCACCUGCUUGUUUUGACAGUGCCCAUUUGACAGUGCUGUCUUCCUCCUGGGACUGCAUGCUCACGGCUGUGGUGUCAUAUUUGAUUUUAUAAUGGAGUGUUGGUUUGGUUUAAUUAAACAGCUCUCUCUAUAAAUUCAACUUAAAAUAAUGAAAUCAGAUGCCAACUUUCCCUUCUUUGAGAGCUCUGACACUACAACUCCCACUUGUUCUGGCUCCUAAAAGAGUGAGUGAGUCUUAAUCUAGUUCAAGUCCCAUUUUACAGAAGAGCAAACUGAGGUGGUGGCAGUGCUGGGGGCGUGGGUAAAAAAGUGUCCCCCUGCCAAUGCAAGGGGACAUGGGUUCGAUCCCUGGUCCAGGAAGAUUUCACAUGCGAGAGGCAACUGCACCCAUGUGCUGCAACUACAGAAGCCCAUGCUCUGCAACAAGAGAAGCCAUUGCAAUGAGAAGCUCUCACAUCACAUCUGGAGAGUAGCCCCGGCUCACUGCAACUAGAGGAAGCCUGUGCACAGCCAGGAAGACCCAGCUCAAACAAAAAAGGAAAAAAAAAAGUGCCCCCAAUCAGCAGAGUGUCCUCCUCUUCCCCCCUCGCCCAAACAUCCAUCAUCAGGCGCGACACCUUAAUCCCUCCCCCAGGUACCCCCCAGGCCUGCCCUUCUUGUGACAUCUCUCCAUGUUCUGGCUGUUUCCACCUACUGUUGAUUAUAUCCAUGGCUGCUCCCAAGAUUGGUGCUUGUUUUUUUGUUUUGUUUUUUUUUUAAAUACAAUUUUUUUUGG